GGGCAACAGUGAAUGUAUUGUCGUGAAACCGCCAGAGCUUCGAUUGACGGGCAGGCAGCAGAGAGAGAGAGAGAGAGAGCGCGCGCGAGGGAGUGGUCGUCUCUCUAAUAGCGAACCCCGAGGCAUUGCCUCUUUCCCUUCCUUUCGUCGCCUCUGCAUUGUUUCUAAUUCGAACUCUCCGUAUUCCCAACCCAAAAAUGGCAGGGCACGCCACUGAUUCCAGUGCGUCCGCCGAUUCCUACAUCGGCAGCUUCAUCAGCUUGGUUUCCAAAGCCGAAAUCCGCUACCAAGGCUUCCUCUUUCACAUCAACGCCCAAGAAUCCGCCAUCGGUCUGCGAAACGUGAAAUCGUUUGGAACAGAAGGACGAAAAAAGGAUGGGCCUCAGGUUCUUCCAAGUGACAAAGUUUAUGAGUACAUAUUCUUCCGAGGAAGUGACAUUAAGGACUUGCAGGUUAUAUCUUCCCCAGCUGUUCAGAGUACCUCGGCUGUACCUAAUGAUCCGGCUAUUAUACAGUCUCAUUAUCCCCCCUCAGCAUCAUCAACUCCAAGCUUUUCGUCUGAUGGUGCUGCCCCUGCAACAAAUAUAAGUUCUGAUGAUGCACAGUCAGUGCUCUUCCAAGGGAAUCGUUCUUUAAAUGAGGCCAUGAGCAGCUUUGGCCAUAGGGGUUCAUUUCCUUCCCCUCCAAUUUCUCAUGGCAAUGAGAUUUCUGUACCAAAUUAUUGGCCUGGACACAGAGGGUCCUUAGGGGGAGCUCCUCAUUUGCAACAGCAAUCUUCUCUUGUAGCCCCUCAAGUUCCACUAGUGAUUACUCCAGUCCAACAACAGAUGCAAAAUUUGACAAUAAAUGCAUCUGUUCCUCCUGCUUCUUCGAAUUUUGCAGAAUUUUCUCAUUCCUUGUUGCCAACGAUUUCAGGUUCCCCAAUUUUAACCUCCAGCAUACCUUCAGUGUCAUCUCUACCUUCAAGUAUCCCAACCACUCAAUCUGCUAUUUCACCUUCUAAGUUAUCACUUAAUCUGAUCCCAUUUAGUGCCUCUAAUUCUCUUCAUACUGUAAACUUGAGUUCUAAUUCACCAUUUACUUCGCCUUUAAUGGCUCCUAGUCUGAAUGUGAAUCCUAGUGUACCUUUAGUAAUGGACAAACCAAACUCAGUUUUGGACCUUGCAUUACCUUAUCAAACUAUUUCUCAAUCUACACCAUCUAUUGCUGGUUUUUCCAGUCAAGUCAACAAUGAGGCUAAAAAAUUAUCUCUGUUGACCCCAGCUCAGCUCUUGCCGCCUGGGCCCUCAGGGGAUUCUUCUUAUCAUUUGCAGACUGCUGAUAAAGACAUAGAGGUUGUGCAAACAUCAACCUCAGAGUCAUUGUCAUCAGAUUUAGAAAGUGCAAAAGAUCGAUUGCAACCAUUAUCGCCAUCCUCUGAGAAGCUGAAUAGAACUGUUGCACGCACUCGUUGGAAAGAGAGGGACUAUCCAAGGAGAAGAUCAAACUGGCUCAAUGGAACUGCAUUAUGCAGUCAACGCAAUUAUAAAGACCAUGCUAGGGGAAAAGCAAAUGGGCCCAGUGAAACUGCAUUAUACCACACUCAUCAAAGUAAUAGAGGGCAUUUUCGGGGCAGAGGACAUGGGCCAAACAAAGCUGCUUUAAAUACUCACCAUGGUGGUAGGGGCCUUGGAUGGGGAAGAGGAAUUCAGCAAAACACCACUGCUGUACAGACCCAUCACAGCAGUAGGGGUCAUCAUAAGUGGGGAAAAGGAAAUCAGGUGUCAUCUACAAUGACCAAAUUUACAGAGGAUUUUGAUUUUGAGGCAAUGAACGAAAAAUUCAACAAGGAGGAAAUAUGGGGUCAGCUCGGGAAAAGUAACGGAAGUAGAUUAGAUGACGAGGAGCAAAGUGAAAGUGAAAGUGGUGCUGGUGAUACAGAAGAUGAAGAUGAAGUGGGAUUAUCGGAACUGGACGUGAAGCCGGUUUAUGUUAAAGAUGACUUCUUCGAUUCACUUUCUUGCAAUUCACUCAAUCGGGAGCUGGGGAGAGGAAGGGCCAAGUUAUCUGAGCAAAGGAGAAUCGAUAUUGAGACUUUUGGUGAAGCUCAUACCAGCCGACGAGCUCAUACCAGCCGUGUGCGGGGCUGGGGUGGGCAGGCACGAGGCUCCCGUGGUGGAAGGGGGGGAUAUGGCAAUAAUAUCAGGAGGGGCAGUGGACGGACUGUUUGGAGUCGUGUGACCUAGCCAGCCGUCUUUCAGGGUCCCGGAGCUUUUUAUGGUAUUUGUCUCUGUAACUGCUUAAUAAUUGCAGAUAAAACUUAAAAAGGACGGGGUGCCAGCCAAAAACGGAGCUUCUAGUGUUUAUUCCGCCUAUUUUCUAGCGAAACAGAUAGAAGGAUCAAACUUAUAUAUGAAUGAAUAUAGUAUUGUCUUUCUUGUA